AUGGCCCUUAGAGAUAUCCCCAAGUUCACCAAGCACAACCUCAGGACCAUCCGCCAUGCGCCCCUGCCCGAGAUCUCCGGCGCCCUGGGCGACCUCGGCACCCUCCUCCCGCUGAUGAUCGCCCUCGCACUGCAAGGAUCCAUCUCGCUGCCCAGCACGCUCGUCUUCUCGGGCCUCUACAACAUCGCCACCGGCGCCGUCUUCGGCAUCCCGCUCCCCGUCCAGCCGAUGAAGGCCAUCGCCGCCGCCGCCCUGGCCUCGCACGCCAGCCAGCGGGACACGCUCGCGGCCGGCGCCCUCGUCGCCGCCGCGGUGCUGCUCCUCAGCGCGACGGGCCUGCUGCGCCUCCUGACGCUGUACAUCCCCGUGCCGGUCGUCAAGGGCAUCCAGUUCGGCGCGGGCCUGUCGCUCGUGCUCUCCGCCGGGUCCGGCAUGCUCGGCCAGCUGGGCUGGGUCCACAACCCGCUCGACAACCGGCUCUGGGCCAUCGCCGCCUUCCUGCUGCUCAUCUUCACGGCCCGCGCCCCGAGGUUCCCCUACGCGCUGGUCGUCUUCCUCGUCGGCCUCGUCCUCGCCGUCGUGGCGGUCAUCACGGCUGCGGGGGACAAGCGCGGCCACCUGCCCGGGUGGCAGGUCUGGCGCCCUUAUACGAUCAUCCCCGGGUUCGGCAGCGGCGAGGCCUGGUCCAUGGCCGUCGCCCAGCUGCCGCUCACGACGCUCAACUCCAUCAUCGCGGCCGCGGCCCUGGCGUCCGACCUCAUGGGCCCCGCGCUGCCCGGGAGCACGCCGACCGUGACGGAGCUGGGCCUGUCGGUGGCGGCCAUGAACCUGCUGGGCUGCUGGUUCGGCGCCAUGCCCGUGUGCCACGGGGCGGGCGGGCUGGCGGCGCAGCACCGGUUCGGCGCCCGCAGCGGGGCCAGCAUCAUCCUGCUCGGGGCCUUCAAGCUGCUCCUCGGCCUCUUCCUCGGCACGACGCUGCUGGACCUGCUCGGCUCGUUCCCGCGCUCGGUCCUGGGCAUCAUGGUCGCGGCCGCCGGGCUGGAGCUCGCCAAGGUGGGCCAGAGCCUGAACCACGGCGCGCCCGACCUGUGGGAGGAUAGUGUCUCGGCCGGCGGCGGCGGCGGCGGCGGCGGCGGCGGCGGCUUGGCUGCUAAGAGGCACCGCGAUGUUUCGGACCAGGAGCGGGAGGAGCGGUGGACCGUCAUGCUGGUUACCACGGCUGGCAUCCUGGCCUUCAGGAACGACGCCGUGGGCUUCAUCGCUGGCAUGCUGACGCACGCUGCUUACCAGCUGUCUCACGCCCUGGAGAGGCGGCGGGGGUUUGGCGGCGAGAGGCAGCCUCUGCUGCGGUGGCCUUGA